AUUGGCUGCUGAGAGGGGCGUGCGGUUGUGACGUGUGGAGGAGAGGAAAGAUGGCGGCGGUGACCAGAGGCUCGUUCAGUGCGCUCAGACGGCUGCUGAGUCAGCAAUACCGCCGCCGAUGUUUCCGGCUGCAGAACUUCAGACCGGUCCGGAAUCUGCAGCCGCUCGCCUUCACCUGUGACAGAAACCUCCAGAUGUUCAGCAGGAGGACGCUGCACUCCACUGCCGUGAGUCGAGGACCUAUCGUCCAGUUCAAGCUGUCAGACAUUGGGGAGGGGAUCAUGGAGGUGACGGUGAAGGAGUGGUAUGUGAAGGAGGGGGACAAGGUGUCUCAGUUCGACAGUAUCUGUGAGGUCCAGAGUGACAAGGCGUCCGUCACCAUCACCAGCCGCUACGACGGCGUCAUCAGAAAACUCUACUAUGACGUGGACGCCACCGCGCUGGUGGGCAAACCGCUGGUCGACAUCGAGACAGAGUCCGGUUCAGAGGUGAUCCAGGAGGAGGACGUGGUAGAGACGCCGGCAAUGGCUCGAGAAGAACACACCCACCAGGAGAUCAAAGGUCACAAGACCCAGGCCACGCCCUCCGUGAGACGCCUCGCCAUGGAGAACAACAUCAAGCUCAGUGAGGUGGUGGGGACGGGGAAAGACGGACGGAUCCUGAAGGAGGACAUCUUGAACUUCCUAGCGAAGCAGACGGGAGCCAUCUUACCUCCGACCCCAUUCCAGGAGAUCCAGACUCCGGGUCCUGGUCCUGCCGCUGCUGCCAGGCCCGCGAGCACUCCGGCAGCCGUCACACCCCCACCCUCCACACCCAGACCUGUGUUUACUGGGAAGGACGUGACCGAGCCCCUGAAAGGUUUCCACAGGGCGAUGGUGAAGACAAUGACGGCCGCUCUGAUGAUCCCUCACUUCGGUUACUGUGACGACGUGGACCUAAGCCGCCUGGUAGGUCUCAGGUCUGAGCUCAGAUCUGUGGCUGAAGGUCGGGGGGUCAAACUCAGCUACAUGCCCUUCUUCAUCAAGGCUGCCUCUCUCAGCCUGCUGCACUUCCCCAUCCUGAACGCCUCGGUGGACGAGGGCUGCCAGAACAUCACCUAUAAGGCGUCUCAUAACAUCGGGCUGGCGAUGGACACGAGUCAGGGUCUGCUGGUUCCUAACGUGAAGAACGUGCAGCUGCUCAGUGUGUUUGAGAUCGCUCAGGAGCUGAACCGGCUGCAGACUCUGGGUUCUGCGGGUCAGCUGGGAACCUCGGACCUGACCGGAGGGACUUUCACCCUGUCCAACAUCGGCUCAAUCGGAGGGACGUACGCCAAACCAGUGAUCCUCCCUCCUGAGGUUGCCAUCGGAGCUCUGGGAAAAAUCCAGGUUCUGCCUCGAUUCAGCACCGGUGGUCAGGUGGUCCCGGCUCACAUCAUGAAGGUCAGCUGGUCGGCGGAUCACCGCAUCAUCGACGGAGCCACCAUGUGUCGCUUCUCCAACCUGUGGCGGGAGUACCUGGAGAACCCGGCGAGCAUGGUGCUGGACCUCAAAUGAACGGGAACAUUUCCCAUCAGCCCCGGGAAUGACGGAGACGCGACACUAACAGACCUUCACCCCUCCCCCCACCGUUUUUGCCGCCUUCAUCUUCACCUUUUGUCAUUUCCUUGUUGCCUUUGAGCGAGGCGGUGGGGGAGGGGUCAGCCUAUCAAUCAUGUUGUUUCCAUGACAACCAGUCACUCACAGCGGAGGUUAGAGGUAGUUAGUUUCGUUCAAGUGAACCAGGGUUCAACUCUUCAGGUUUAGACUGGUGGUCCCUCCUGGAUCUGGAUCCUCUCUGCAGGUGGGGUCAGGUGGGGUCAGGUGGGGUCAGGAUGGAGGUCAGUGUGAGACCUGGAGUUCAGAGCUCAGGAGAGUCUGUUAUUUGUUCUGGGCCUGAGGCUCGAUUCACUGAGGGAUUCAUGGAAUAAUUUGAAUUUGGUUCCUGGUUUUCCUCCUCAGUCAGAGACGGGUCUGACCUGACCCCCUCUGAGUCCUGGACUGGACCACAUUAGAAGAGGUCCCUUUGGGUGGGCACAAUAAUCAAAUAAUUAUCAUAAUAAAUAAUCAAUAAAACACUCUGAUGAGUCGAGUGAAAGUUAACUGGAGGAAAAUCUAUUUUGAAAAUCACAGGAAGCAGGUUCAGAUCAUGUGAUCGAGUCAAAAGCUCCAGAACAGCUACUAAAUGGACCCAGAGUCCACCUGAAGGAGCUGGUCUGAGGUUAGUCCUGGGUCAUGAGACCAGUUCAUCAGAGUCCGGUCUAAUGGUUCCAAUCCGUUCAGCUGUCAAUUGCAUGACGGAGGUUCAGCAGGACUGGAUUGGUUCUGGAUGUGGUCUGUCUUGUAUAUAAAUGAACCAGUGGUGGACCUGCUGUGUCUCAGGUCCCCGAUGGCUCCUGAACCACAAAGUGCCGUCUGACCCUCUGUCUCCUGUAGGAGCCAGCAGGUUCUCUUCAGAACCUUCCUGUUCUUCAGACUUACUGUUCUCUGUGUUUGGUCUCCAGCUCCUGAGGGAAGACCUGGUUCUGUAGCUGCUAAAUGUCCCCCUUUCUUCACCAGCUGCCCCCUGACUGGUCUCUGGUUUCUUGUCUCUGGUCCUGGUGUGGAGAUCAUGUGAUCAGCUCUUCUUCCUCUACGAAUCUGUCAUUAAGUCCUGUAUCUUCCUGAAGCAGCCAGAGCUUUCAGCUGUUCCUCCUUGACUUCCUCUGUGUCCUGGUGGCUGCUGGGUAACGAUGGUGUUGGUGUUAAGUUACAUGAUGUUUGUUUGUCUCGUGUGAUGAAAUUUUUUUGUUGACUCUGAUGUGGCGUGGUUUUGUGUUGGGAUGUGGAUCAGGAUACUGGUCCCGGUCUCUGACAUCGAAGCGUUUGAACCCUGGUGAAAAACUGAAUAAAGUUGAAGUGCACAAACUUAAAA